AUGGCCGCUUGUAUAUCAGCUGUUAAUGGCAGUCGAGGUUUAUGCCUUAUUUUAUUACAUGUGUGUUUUAUACAUCAUUUUAUCAAUCUUCCUGAAACAACAGUAAGUCUCACCGAUGGAGAUACAUUGUAUGCGUCAAGAUAUCUCGCGGAACCGACAUUGGUUGAUGGAGUUUCAUUGAAGGCUUCAACCCUGAAGCGCCAUAGUCAAGCUUGCUAUAAAUUAGGUGUAUUCUACUCGUUUAAAGCUGGUUGUGUUCUUGGUCAAAGGACUGCACUUGUGUUGCUUCUGGUAUACUUAUCAAAUGAUGUUGCUUCUAAUCCUGGGCCUGGUCUAUCCCUAAAGAAUCUUACUAAAUCUAGACGGCUCAAAAUCACUCAUCUUAAUAUCCGAAGCAUCGUGGGCAAAAUGGAUUCACUAAGAAUGCUGUUGAAAGAUAAUCCUCUCGAUAUUUUGACAAUCUCAGAAACCUGGUUAAAACCCACUAUCUCUGAUAAUGAGGUAUCUCUUCUUGGUUACUCGUGUAUAAGAAAUGAUAGAUCGAAUAAAGUUGGCGGAGGAACUAUGAUAUUCAUUCGGGACGGCAUUCCAUACCGCUCAAGAACAGAUUUAAUGAGUGAGGUUUGCAAAUCAAGCUGUAUUGAAGUAGCUAGACCGAAAUGUAAAACGCUCUUGGUGUGGACAGUUUAUAGAGCGCCUGAUGUGAAUCUGGACAUUUUUAUUGAGGAUUUAAGCCAUUCUCUGCUCACAAUAUCUGAGGAUGUUCAUACGAUUUUACUCAGGGAUUUUAAUGUGGAUAUGCAAACUUUGGGAAAGGUUACAAACAAGGAACAAAGGCGUAAACUGUCUAAAUUAUUAUCUAUUCAUAAUUUUGAGCAGUUUAUAGCAGACCCCACAAGAGUUACUGAAACGUCGCCUACAUUGAUUGAUUUAUUGUUCUCGAACAUUACUGAACGUAUUGUUGACCAUGGUGUUUUUCCACUGAACCUUAGCGAUCAUUCAUUAAUAUAUUGUGUCUAUAAAGCUGGUCAAUUUAAAUCUCCGGGGAGAGUAAUAGAGCAUCGUUCAUUUAAACAUUACACUAAACCAGAUUUUAUCAAUGAUCUUAAAUCUGUUGAUUGGUCUUCGAUAACCGCCAACAAAGAUCUAAAUCAAGCAGUUUUUAAGUGGAAUGCAUGUUUCACCACGGUUAUAGACAAUCAUGCUCCGAUUCAAAAGUCACAAAUACGAGGUAUGUCUACACCAUGGAUGAUGGCUGAACUAUCGUCAUUAAUGCAAAAACGUGACUUUCUUCAUAGGAAAGCUAUUAAAUCUAAAUUACCAAAUCAGUGGUCCCAGUACAAAGAUCUCCGGAAUAAAGUUAAUAAGGAAGUAAGAAAAUGUAAAGCCGAAUAUUAUUCAAGGUUAAUUGAGGAUAAUAAAAACAAUUCAAGUACACUUUGGAACACUCUGAACAAAAUUCUUUCACAUAAAGAAACAAAUCCAGUCUCUUGCAUUGAAGCUGAUGGUGUUAUAUAUAGUGAAUCUAAAACCAUUGCUGACAUUUUAAAUCAGCAUUUUAGCAAUGGACAAUGGCUAUCUCACUGGUGCUCUGUUUUUAGACCUAUCAAAGGCCUUUGA